AUGAGCAAUAGUGAAUGGGAACGACCUGGAAUAGUUCCCGGAUUGCAGGGUGAUUCCCAACAGAAGCGUCCGUCUAUAGGACGAGCAUCAAGUGGGCUUUUUGGCUACGUAGCAGAUCCGAACGACUCCAAGACACCACCUGGUAUUGGAGAACAGGACUCAAGAGUUACCACAGAUAGUCAGCUAGCACAUGAGCACAUCGAUGGAAGCAAGUCUGCCUUCGGUGAGGCCUUGAGUAACGAGAAACAAGUGCAGGAAAUCGACGCCACCAACCUCGUUAUCAGUCCCGGACUGGUAGAUUUUUCAGCGACAAGCCAUGCAUUUAGUAGCAAACUUGGCGCCGAAGGAAUGGCCGAUCAGGCAUCGAUUCGCGAAGCUACGUCCCGGGCAGUACUGGCCGGAGUUACCACCAUCGUUGACACGGUAUACAGUGACGAUGGUCAGUCGCCGCUGAGCUCAGUUGCCGCGUACCUCCAAGCCCUGCAAACUACAUACAUCCACUGCAAUGUUGCCGUCAGGGCGGGCAUACGGCACCUGUCGGUUGGCACAAUCUCCGAUAUCGAACUGCUCACGAAGCGACACCAUAUCAAAUCAUUCCUGCUUGCCAUCCCGGAAAAUGAUCGAAUCCUCUGUGAACGGGGAAACCCCGAAAGCACAGUGCUCUACGGCGUCUUGUCAACGUGUCGCAAUCUUGGAAUUGUACCCAUGGUCGGUCUUGACAAGAUCACUGGGUCGCAGAUUCCGCAGAUGGAGGGCGAUCCCGAUUUGCGUUUGGCUGCGAUAGCCAUCAGAAUAGCUAAGCUUGCUGGCUGUCCGAUUGUUUUGUCACCGGUGCGAAGUGCGGCAGUAAUGCACAAAAUUUACACUUCUCAACGCGAACAUCCACCUCUCCCCAUAUACGCUGACUUCGCCGCUGACGUCUUCAUCGAGAGUUCAAUGAGUGAUCAGGCUCCCUACAUCGCUGCUGAUGGAAACAUCAUACUAUCCAGUGGCGAAUCGUACGUCUUAUCUACCGAGUCGAAAUCAUCCGAGGUAUCAUGGAUCCAGGAGGCCUAUCGGAAAAUUGUGGGAAGAGGAUGGGGAAGCGAGUGUCACAUGAUCGAAGCAAGUUGCAAGAGACCAGCUCAACUGGCGGGCCUGUCCCCUCAAAAGGGUCAGUUGGCGAUUGGGGCAGACGCGGACUUAGUGCUGUGGUCCGAGGGCGAUUGCAGCAAGCCCGUUUUUACCAUCGUUGGUGGUCGAAUAGCCGUGCAGUACGGUCGACUACGAGAAACAACACCACGCGACCGAGAGGAGGGGAAGGGUAUAAAGGCCGGUUUUAUCCGCUCUGGACGAAGCCCUUGUGACACGUUGGUUGUCGUAUAUGAAAAGAUAAGAGAGAUGGGAAAAGUCCUGCAGCCGGUGCUCUCCCCACCGCAACCUUUGAUACCGACAGCGGAACAAGCAACCAAGAGGUUGGAAAACGUGAAACCUGGCCCUUCUGGUGAUGCAGCUCUUGCUGGGCUACCCUCCAGAGAAAUGCGUUCAAUCGCCAGUCAGUACAAACGAGAGUUCCUAGCUUCAACCUUCAAACUUACAGGCGAGUGCACUGAGAUAGAGGAAUAG